GUCAUGUUCCAAUUACAUACAAUCCAACCUAUUCCAUGACAUAUGCUUACUCCCCUUAUUUGGAGUAAUUGGCAAGUCUAAAAAACACCCCUUUAUAAAAAAGUGGACUGGCCCAAGUGGCCAAUAUCGAUCCCCAACUCAUUAUGUAUUCAUAUUUAAUUCUUGCCACGUAGGAGUAAUUGGAAAAUUUUUCAAGUCAAUAUAUAUCGUACGAUCUAUUCACUCAACAAAUUUCUGUUACUUAUAAGUCAGAAUUUGUUUUUUGAAUAGAGAGUAUCAUAGUCAUAACAUUAGUCUAGUAUGGCAGAACAGGGCUCUAUUCAGGGUGAAAUUACUUCUGAAUUGAACUUGAACGGUCCCUCGACCUCGUCAACUUUGACCGGGAAUGAAGUGAUAAACGACGUCUCUUUGGCUACCACAUCCGUCACAGAUUAUGUCCAAUCCUUAGUGGAAGAGGCGGUGACUAGGAAAAUGGCUACCCUUGGAAACAGGCCACCAACGAGACCUCCUUCUGACCGUAGAAGCCCGUCUUCAAGCUAUUUACACAACUCGGAAUACUCGCUUCCGAGAGAGCAGUCCCCCCGGAGCAGUAAGAAGGCCGUAGAGACGGGAAAACGAGGUAACGAUUCGCACCGAAAUGACACCAAAUUUCGUGACUACAACUAUUCCGCCACACACCACGUGGACGUAAGUAGGUCAACUUUUCGAAAUCGUUCAAGAUCUCCCGUUUCUCAGCUUAGAAGCCCUUCUAGAUUGUCUCACCACUCCUACUCUCACACUAAUAGACCCUCUGAUAGUUCGCCGAGUAGGAUUUCCGGGACUUCACGUCAGGGAACUCAGAAUUCACGAUCCAUUAUCAACAAUUUUAGUUCCAAUAUUUCACAAUCUCAAAAUUCAGAUUCUAAACCUCGUAUUUUGGAUUCUGAUGACAACGAGCCGUCUAAAUCUAAGUCCUCUGAAGAAGAAGCGGUCUUGUUAGUUCAUUCCUUAUGGGAUUCAACCAUAUCAGCCUUAGAAAUUGACCAAGUCAACAGCUCCACUAAUUCUAAAGAAUCUUUGACUAGGGUAGCUCUCCAGAAAGUUGAUGAAUCUUCAGUCACUAAAGCUUCAUUACCUUGUCCCCCAGUGUUCCAUCAGUUGGUGCAGAAUAUCAAUAAUCAGAUCUCAUCUGCCACUUCCGGUUUCAACACAAAGGGAAAACUCUUCAGAAUCAAAUCUUCAAAUUAUAGAUUAGCCAAGGGAGAUGAUUCAGUCGUACGGCCCCUCAAACUCAAUAAUUCACUUGGAAACUUAGUCCCAAAUGAUAAAACCUUCAGUGAUUUCUUCAAGAAUGCUGAUACUAAAACUCAACUCUCCAAUAAAAACUGGAAGGGUCUCGAAGAGAACUUGAGGGCUGUCCUUCAACCUUUGGUGUACUCAGAGUGGUAUAUAGGUUCUGUUUCAAAGUUAGUUACCCAACUCACAGCACACUUAUCCAACAACACGGAUCCACUAGUUACCCAGUUGUUAGAUUCCAUUGGCGAUUUACUCCUUAGGGGUUCGACAGCCUCUGUUACUGCUACUGAAGGUAUUCUCAAGACUCUCACCAACUCAGCACUACUUCAACGUGAUCUGAUUCAAGAACAAGUACCAACACGCUUCCGCGAAUCUAUGAGGGUACUACCAGUUGAGCAUACAUCUACCACUUUGUAUCCAGAGUCACAACUUAAAGAUUUGGUUGACUCAGCCUCCUCAAAUCUGACAAACCAAGCACUAGUUACCUUGGCCCAGUCCAGUUCUAGAUCUAGUAAAGACAAAGACAGGUCCCAACGCCAAUCCAGGUCUGACUACAGGAAGAAAUCUUCUAACAAAGAUUGGUCCAAAUCACAAGACAAACCCAAGUCAGAUUUUCGUGAUUCCAAGAAGAAAUACGACAAUAAAGGUGGUAAGCACUUCAACAAAGACAACAGAUUCUCCAAGAAGUGA